AAGUGUCUGGGGAACUUAAGGAACAUGCACAUGAAAAGGUUUAGGUGGUUCCAAACUCGGUAUUGCACUCAGGACUUCCUGCCUUCAUGUUGUCGGUCUGUUCAGUGGGCGGGGCUUGCUACAACUUCCUGACUAUGGAGUCACGCCGUCCGGUUUUUCUUCUUUGAACAGGGAGGGAGGUGUCGCUCUGUCGCGCGCUCGGUCUGUCUGUCUGUCGCGCGCUCGGUCUGUCGGUCGGUCGGUCGGUCGGUUAGUCCGGUGACGUCCGGUCGCAGGAGAGGCGGCGAUUUCACGCCGCAGAGACGCAGCAGCAGCAGUCUUCUUGGUCGUGAUCAUCGUAAACACGGACUGCUGCGCCUUUAAGAUCGGACACGAAUCGAAACUGAAAAAAAGCAGAAGAAGGGAAGUGGAAACACGCACACGCGCGCUCGCGAACACGCGCGUUUUUACGCACGUCCACGUUAACGCCCGGACCGUUCCGCGGUGUCAAACGUGAGCGACAUGAAUUUAUCCGACAUGGUGGUGUUUAAACUCCUGGUGCUGCUCUACUGCCUGAGUGACUCGAUAGGUCAGUAUGAGAAUCGCCUGAGCAAGUACAUUCGGCACUUCGAGGGUUUGUCCUACGACACCGACGUCCUUCACAGCCGACACCAGAGAGCUAAAAGGGCUGUGUCUCACGAAGACAAGUUUGUCCAUCUGGAGUUCCACGCUCACGGCAGGCAUUUUAACCUGCGGUUGAAGAGGGACACGUCUCUGUUUGCCCCAGACCUGAAGGUGGAGGUGUCUGGAGACGAGACACCCAUCGACACUUCACAUAUUUACAGCGGAGAGAUCUUUGGAGAGAAGGGCACUCUGACUCACGGUUCGAUCGUGGAUGGAAAGUUUGAAGGCUUCAUUCAGAGUCACAAGGGCACGUAUUACGUGGAGCCGGCCGAGCGAUACUUCAGAGAGAGAGACGUUUCCUAUCACUCUGUCAUCUACCAUGAGGACGAUAUCGAUUACCCUCACAAGUAUGGCCAAGAGGGAGGCUGCGCAGAUCGCUCCAUCUUAGAGAAGAUGAAAAAGUACCAGGCAUCUGCUGUGGAGACUCCUGCCGAGGAAAAGAACAGACAGCAUGCAGUGGACGAGGACGAGCGUGAGGACGGGCCGGUGAUCCUGAGGAAGCGUCGAGCCGCUCAGGCUGAGAAGAACACCUGCCAGCUCUUCAUCCAGACCGACCACCUCUUCUAUAAGUACUACCAUACUCGAGAGGCCGUCAUAGCUCAGAUCUCCAGUCACGUGAAGGCCAUCAACACGAUCUAUCAGAGCACAGACUUCCAGGGCAUCCGCAACAUCAGCUUUAUGGUCAAGAGAAUCAGGAUCAAUACCACAAACGACGAGGUGGACAGAACCAACCCGUUCCGUUUCGCCAACAUCGGUGUAGAGAAGUUUCUGGAGUUGAAUUCAGAACAGAACCAUGACGAAUUCUGCCUGGCGUACGUCUUCACUGACAGGGACUUUGACGACGGCGUUCUGGGACUUGCCUGGGUUGGAGCUCCCUCAGCAAGCGCUGGUGGGAUCUGUGAGAAGAGCAAAGAAUACCAUGAUAGAAAGAAGAAGUCUCUGAACACUGGCAUCAUCACAGUUAAGAACUAUAACAGCCAUGUUCCUCCCAAAGUGUCCCACAUCACCUUCGCCCAUGAGGUUGGACACAACUUCGGCUCUCCUCAUGACUCUGGCAGCGAGUGCACUCCUGGAGAGUCGAAGGUCUCUGACAUGAAGGAGCGAGGCAAUUACAUCAUGUACGCCAGAGCUACGUCCGGGGACAAGUUAAACAACAACAAGUUCUCUAUCUGCAGCAUUCGCAAUAUCAGCCAGGUGUUGGAGAAGAAAAGAGCUAUUUGUUUUGUCGAGUCUGGACAGCCCAUCUGUGGAAAUGGUUUGGUGGAGGCUGGAGAACAGUGUGACUGUGGCUACAGUGAUCAGUGUAAAGACAGUUGCUGCUACAGCGCCAACGAGCCAGAUGGCAAGAAGUGCACUCUGAGAAGCCCGGCCAAGUGCAGUCCCAGUCAGGGCCCCUGCUGUACAGCUCAGUGCGAGUUUAAGGGACAUAACGAGAAGUGUAGAGACGAAUCUGACUGCGCUCUUCAGGGCAUGUGCAGCGGAAACACAGCACAGUGUCCCACCUCGACACCAAGGGAAAACUUGACUCUGUGCAAUAAUAAUUUACAAGUCUGCAUCCAAGGGGCCUGCACCGGCUCUAUCUGUGAGCGUUAUGGGCUGGAGUUGUGCACGUGUGAAAGUAAAGAUGGGAAGGAUGAGACCGAGUUGUGCCAUGUUUGUUGCAGGGAGAAGAAUCAACCCACCACAUGCAAAAGUACCGGGUCUGAGGAGUUGAAAAAGUACUUCAACAAGGAGGUUCUCACUCUGCAGUCUGGAUCUCCCUGUAAUGACUUUAAAGGCUACUGUGACGUAUUUAACAAGUGCAGGCUUGUGGACGCUGAUGGGCCACUGGCCAGACUCAAAAAGGCGAUCUUUAACCCAGAGUUUUACGAGACCAUCGCUGAGUGGAUAGUGGCGUAUUGGUGGGCUGUGCUGCUGAUGGGUAUCGCUCUCAUCAUGUUGAUGGCUGGAUUCAUUAAGAUCUGCAGUGUUCACACGCCAAGCAGCAACCCCAAACUGCCCCCUCCAAAACCACUGCCAGUUUUUUGGAUUGAAAAAUAACUUGGCGAAUAUACUGUAGAAUAGAAACAGAAAUAGGAACAUUUAAAAGUGGUUUGAUUCUGUUUACGCUCAGGAAGUAUGUGAUUUUGUUUCGAUCCGGAGGUACAAAUACACCACUUCUCAUUUUUAGUGAAAAAGGAAAGUGAUGUUUAGUUUCAUUCAGGAAAUAAAGUGUGACACUUUCAAGUUAGGAAGGAAGUGUGGCUUUUUUUUAGUCAGGAAAGAGGUGCAGCUCUAUUUUAAUCAGGAAGAAAGUCCUAAUCUGUUUUAUUUAGAAAGAAAGUGCGGCUCUGUUUCAAUCAAGAAGGAAGUGCAAGUAUUUUUGAUCAGGAAAAAUGGGAGUCUUCGUUUUUGUCAGGAAGGAAGUGCAGCUCUGUUUAGUCAGGUUGGAAGCGCAGCUCUAUUUUAAUCAGGAAUAUAGUGCAGCUUUAUUUGAAUGAGAAAUGAAGUGCAGCUCUAUUUAAUCAGGAAUAAAGUGCAGCUCUAUUUAAUCAGGAAUGAAGUGCAGCUCUGUUUAGUUAGGUUGGAAGUGCAGCUCUAUUUUAAUCAGGAAUGAAGUGCAGCUCUAUUUUAAUCGGAAAUGAAGUGCAGCUCUAUUUUAAUCGGAAAUGAAGUGCAGCUCUAUUUAAUCAGGAAUAAAGUGCAGCUCUAUUUAAUCAUGAAUGUAGUGCAGCUCUCUUUUAAUUGGAAAUGAAGUGCAGCUCUAUUUUAAUCGGUAAUGAAGUGCAGCUCUGUUUUAAUCAGGAAUGACGUGCAGCUCUAUUUUAAUCGGAAAUGAAGUGCAGCUCUAUUUUAAUCGGAAAUAAAGUGCAGCUCUAUUUUAAUCGGAAAUGAAGUGCAGCUCUAUUUUAAUCGGAAAUGAAGUGCAGCUUUAUUUUAAUCGGAAAUGAAGUGCAGCUCUAUUUAAUCAUGAAUGUAGUGCAGCUCUCUUUUAAUCGGAAAUGAAGUGCAGCUCUAUUUUAAUCGGUAAUGAAGUGCAGCUCUGUUUUAAUCAGGAAUGACGUGCAGCUUUAUUUUAAUCGAGAAUAAAGUGCAGCUCUAUUUUAAUCAGGAAUGAAGUGCAGCUCUGUUUUAUUCAGGAAUGACGUGCAGCUCUAUUUUAAUCAGGAAUUAAGUGCAUCUCUGUUCAGUCAGGUUGGAAGUGCAGCUCUAUUUUAAUCUGUAAUGAAGUGCAGCUCUAUUUUAAUCUGUAAUGAAGUGCAGCUCUAUUUUAAUCAGGAUUGAAGUGCAGCUCUAUUUUAAUCAGGAAAAAAGUGCUUUCACUCAGGAUAGAAAUGUGACUCUAUUGGAGUAUGUGGUGUACUAUGACGGUGUUGUUGUAGGGGAGGCUCAGAUCCAGGCACAGAUUCAGGGACCAGUUCAUUGUUCCAAUCAUAACGUCUGUCCUCUCCUCCACCUCUCCUU